AUGAGCGACACCAUCAACAGCACUAAGUUCCUAGGCGCCGGUCUGGUUUACAUCCGUAACCAGUCGGGUAACUACGCGGAUGCCUUCGUCUCCAAGCUAAGCCAUGAUUCUGGUAGCGACUAUUGGUUCUCCGUUCCCACUUCCUUCGAUGACCCCGGAGCCAAGUGGGACCGUUCGGACCACGACUGGGAGGUGAUCGGCUUCAAGGACGAGGGAGGCAAACAAGUCGGGUUCUACGUCGACCUUGAGAAGUUCACGACUUAUGUGACGGUCCAUACCGUCUCGCAGUCGGGGAUCCAGAUUGUGCAGGUCGGGCCCUAGGCGGUUCAUUGGUGAAUUGCUUUUUGUUUCCUCUGGUAAACGUCUCGGUAGUAGGCUGACAGUGUGGAUAGAUUGUUCAUUGCGUCUCUCGGAAUUCAAACGGUAUCGGAUUGUUAGCGGAUACGGACACCCUCAUUCCUCGUCUCGAUUGUUAUCGACUUUGCCCUUCCUGCUGGACACGACGUUAUGACUCGGAUUUGACUGCUGGCUUCAACCCCUCGAUCG